GCAUCUUGUUGCAAACCCGGUCCGUUCAAUGUGUUUAUAUUCGAAUCCAGAAACCCCCACCACCACCACAUUCACAUUGACGCGCCAGGCUCAUCCGCAAGCCAGCACCUGCUCGCAGUGCUCGCAGGCCAUCGAAUAUCGCCUGCCAUGCCCGAAAUGAAAAUACUCGUUCUCGGGCUUCCCCGAACGGGAACCCAGUCCCUCGCCGACGCCCUGGCCCACCUCUCCAUCUCACCAGUCUACCACAUGCGGGAGGUCUCCAAGAACGCCCACCAGGACCUCUGGAUCUCCGCCAUCGCCGACAACCUCCCUCGAGCCUCUCCCCCACGCCCCUGGUCCCGCCCCCAGUGGGACGCCCUCUUGUCCGGCUUCGCCGCCGUCUCCGACUUCCCCCCUGCUCUCUUCCCCACCGCCCUCGCCGAGGCCUACCCCGAUAGCCUCAUCGUCCAUACGACCCGCCCCUUCGAGGCUUGGGAGGCCUCGAUGAGAGACACCCUUAUCCACGCGCACCGCCACCGCGACGCGGAGAGGAGAUCGCCGAUGGAGGCGCUGGCCAACACCUACCACGCCGCGUGCUGGGAUGACGACUUUGAAAAGAAUGGGAGGGCGUAUUUCGAGAGGCACCAUGACGAGGUGCGCGCUCUCAAGGCGGGCGGGAGGAGGUUCCUGGAGUAUCGUCCCGGCGACGGGUGGGGGCCUCUGUGUGAGAUGCUGGGCGUUGCGGUGCCCGAGUUUCCCUUUCCACGGAGUGAUGAUUGGGUCGAGUACAAGAAACAGGUUGAGCGGGAAAGGAACGAGAGGAAGACGCAAGAGGUUGUACAUGGCAGCUAGAACACAACCGAGGAGCGUCACGAAGGAGAAAGGAGCAUCAAGAGUGUGUAUCGAACUCGGCGAGAGGAACUCGAUUAAUUGCUACCGGGGCUGGAGCAGAUACUCAACAGCCUAAGCCUGAUGGAUAUGAAAAAGGGUUCUAAACGAGUGUAGUGAACGUAAAUACCACCAUAAGCCCGAGAGCCUGCC